AUGCCAUUUGCCCUCUUCAAUGCUGCUACUUCGAACAAAGAGCUUGUCGUCACACGUGACAACGGCUCUCAUGAAGUUCAGCUUCCCAAACACGCCAAAUCCGACGCCGUGAAGUUUUUCCUCACACAUAUGAACAAUCUCGCGUCCGAGAAAUACGUUCGCGAAGUCCCUUUCACGAAGAACAUGGAGCUUAACUUGCAUCUCUGCUCUGUUGCCGAUGACCUUGGUAUGCGCCAAUAUACCCAGUAUAUCUUCAAUGGAUAUUACUACCGCUUGCAGACAACAGUCCCUACUCCUGACGAUGUUAAGGCUAUCGGCAAAGUCAACACUCCACUUGGGGAUAAGCUGUUCAAUACAGUCGGCUAUCGUCUUGCGAAGCUAGCUUGGGAUGGUGAACAUCCCAAUGUUACAGCUUUCAAUACCUAUCUCGUCACGGACACCCGGCUCGCCGCAAUUGUCAAAGAUUUAUACGCCAAGCGAGAGGCUGCAGCUCGAUAUCAGGCUCGUCUAGAAGAGCACCGCUGUCAAGAGAAGGAAGCUGAUCGGCUUGAGAAGGAGCACGAGAAGCGCGACGCUGCUGUUACAAAGGAGCACUUGGCCAAAGACAAGAAGAAGUGGACUGAUCUGAAGCACAAGGACGCCGAGGUUCGUGCACGUGUUAUUGAAAAGAAGCGUUCGGGGGAGAAGCUUACUCGCCAGGAAGCGGCCAUGCAUUACUUGAUGUUUUGCAAACGUGUUCCCGUCUAG